UAAAUGCUGACGCUACAAGUAACAAUCUUCUGUCUGAUAAAGGUAAUGAUGAUGGGGGACGUUAUAUUGUGGACAAAGCAUCUGAGAGAGAGGAAGCAGAUUCAACUAAUGAAGUUACUGAGACAGAGGGGAUAGAACCAAAGGAAAUAGUUGAAGUUGAGAGAGACCACGGGGAUGAAGCUACUUUCUCUACAGAUGUCUUUGAAUAUACACAGAGCAAUUCCGGACCCAAUGCUAAAAUUGAAAUGUAUCCUGACAGCUCAGAUCUAGUUCCCCCUGAGACAGUAACAGGAAAUGAACAGAGACAGACAGAAAUCCUUGAGGAGGCAGACACAGAAAACAUGUUAGUGGAAGAUUUCAUUCAUGUCCACUGGGUGUCCCAUGAAUCUCAAAAAGACAGUGACGAGAAAAACGUCCUGAAUGAUAGAUCUGGGAUGACGGAUGACCAGACGACAGCAAAUGAGGACAGUAAUCUGCCGCUAAAUGACAGAAAUCAUACAGAUGACAGUAAUGAAAUGCUGGAGGCAUUCAAACAGCUACUUGGAAAUAGCAAGUAUAUGUCUUUGUCCCACAACCCUCAAUUACAGGACACAACCGGAAUAGUGAAUCUUGAAGAUGAUCGUGAAAAAUCUAUAGCUGAGAUCAAUGAAAAUGAUGAGCACGAUUCUGCAGGUAGAUUAGAGAUAGAUGAUGUCACUACUAAUGAACCUGUCAGUUCCCAAGGAGGUGUAGAGCCAAAGCAAUUAGUGUCGGACCCCAAACCAGACAAUGAAGAGGAUGUGAAAAUAUCAACUGUGCUCCCCGAAGCGCUUUUGCAUGAUAGUGAUGAGAAUGCCCUUAAUCACCAUCAAGAGAGUCCUGCUGCUGACCUUGCUGAAAAUAGCCUGGAUGAUGUUGAGACUGAUCAUUCAGCUGGUCAGGAUGCUUUAGAAGGAUCAGGGAUUCCAAAUCUCUCUGAUUCGAUUCCUAUUCAGACAAAAGCAGAAACACUGACAGAGGAGCUACCUAAUGUAUCAGAGGAUACAUCUGUAAUGCAUGCUGAGGUGGAGGACAUUGACAUUGACACUACAGGUAUUGAAGUGGUAUCCUCCAAUCAGAAAGGAGAUGACAGUAUUCUAGUGCCUCAGAGCCCAGCAGAAGAGGACAAUGGGGACAGAGUAGGGAUGCUAUAUAGUCAGACAAGCAUGCCAGGUACAGAGGAUGCUUCAGUGCUGCAGGAGGUCACACAGACACCUGACCCCCAUCUGCAUAAUGCCCAGGACCCUCACAUAGCUGAACUUGUCCUGAACUUAUCUUUAGUUGAACCUGUCAGAGUUGAUCCAGUCAUUGAAAAUGUACCAGGAGAGGAAAUACAUCAUUUGAUUACCUCAAGUGGGGAUGAGGAAAGUAAGGACAAGAAUGAGAAUACAUUAGAGGUACCAGAUAAGAAUGUUCAUUUUGGAGACAUAGAUUCAGUUUUGCUGAAAGACUGGUUAUCUUCUAACUAUGAGGAAAGUAAUUCCAAUGUAAUGGAAGUUGUUGAUCAAGAGGAAUUUUCCUCCUCUGAUCAUUUCAAGGAGUGGCACGUUGAGGCCGAUCCUGUAGGUAACAUAGGGAUGAUAAACAUUACCCUUGGCCCAGUGUUAGACUCAACUAUACUAAAUGCUGACACUACAAGUAACAAUCUUCUAUCUGAUAAAGGUAAUGAUGAUGGGGGACGUUAUAUUGUGGACAAAGCAUCUGAGAUAGAGGAAGCAGAUUCAACUUUAGAAGUUACUGAGACAGAGGGGAUAGAACCAGGGAAAAUAUUUGAAGUUGAGAGAGACCAUGGGGAUCAAGCAACUCUCCCUACACAUGUCUUUGAAAAUACACAGAGCAGUUCCGAACCUGAUGCUAAAAUUGAAAUGUAUCCUGACAGCUCAGAGCUAGUUCCCCCUGAGACAGAAAUUGGAAAUGAACAACGACAGACAGAAAUCCUUGAGGAGGCAGACACAGAAAACAUGUCAGUAGAAGAUUUCAUUCAUGUCCACAGGGAGUCCCAUGAAUCUCAAAAAGACAGUGAUGAGAAAAAUGUCCCGAAUGAUAGAUCUGGGAUGACGAGUGACCAGACGACAGCAAUUGAGGACAAUAAUCUGCCGCUAGAUGACAGGAAUCACAUCUCAUCAGUCAGUAGCCAGGAAGUAUAUUCAAAAGGGACCAAAGGAUUGUAUAAUGAGAUCACUCUAGAAAACGAGAGAGCACAGGAAUUAGGCCUACAGGAUAGGGAAACCAAUGAUGGACGAAAUAGCUUUGAUCAGUCACAUGCAGUUAGUCAGCUUUCCCCCACUGAUGAAGUUUAUGAUGUCAUUACUCAAUCAGAGAGAACAAUAGACCAUGAUACAUUGUAUUCAGGUGAGAAUUUCCUCUCAGACAGUUGGUCUAAUGAUCAAGAAGCAACAGAUGUAAAGAGCACAAUUAGUGAUGAAGAUAGGCAGCAGGAUUUUGAAAACGUGGACGUGAUUGAGAAGGUUGAUUUUGAGAAAAUCAGUUAUAGGGAUAUUGAAUCUAUUCACAAUGUUGAAAGAGAGGGUGAGACUUCCACUUCUCACAGUGAACCCCCUGAAAAGCAAGACAUGCCAUCAGAUCAGAUAGUAGGCCUAGACCCCACUCAAGAAGAACUUGUGAACAAAUCAACUUCUCACAGUGAACCCCUUGAAAAUCAAGACAUGCCAUCUGACCAGUAUUCAGUAGGGUCCCAUCAAGAGGAAAUUACAGACACAUCAGUCAACAAGGGUACUAGGAGUUUCUUUGAAAAUGCAAUGGACUUUUUGAUCCCAAGCACUGACUCCAAAGACUUAGAAGACCCAGAACCAAAGGGGCAAGAAGAGGAGGAACAAGAACCCCCACCUGAUCUUCCUUACCUGGACCUCCAUGAACCAGAACCACAGUCUCAGUCAACCCCAGUAAAAGACUCGGUGAAAGCCACAGCAUUUUUGAAAGAAUACAAGAAUAUCCAAAAGCAAAUCAGCACAGAUGAAAUAACUACUUUGUUGGACAUGUUUGGGAAGCACAAAUUCCUGUGGCUUGACUACAGCCUAGGAAGCUCAGAGACUUUUACUGAUGGCCAAGAUGGUGAUAAUGACCUAGCUAUUAUAUCAGACUUUGAAAGGCUCCUGCAGUAUCACAUUGAUGAGACAAAAACUCCAUCUGGUGGAGUACUGGAGGAUGAAGACCAAUCCAGAAAAUUUGUGUCAUUACGAAAACUAGAAAUACUCUUGUCAAACAUAAAAAACAGAUUCACCCAAGUGAAAGCACCUGUCAGUAUAAAAGACAAUCAAGCAGAAACAGACAAGACAAACUGCAUCAAUGAUGAUUGUUUCACUCGCAAUGAAAACGAAGACCUAACCAACCUGAAAGGAGAACAUUUGUCUGGGGAGGGAGACAUCCAAACCCCAACACUAACAGACAAAUUCACUGGUGAUGCUGUUGCUCAUAUGCUGACAGUUAAGGCUCUUCUAAAAUGGCUCACUGUACAGGUCCUGUCAUCCCUUCCUGAUGACAUAAAGCCAGGUCCUAACCUGUAUGGACUGCCAUGGGAAGCGGUCAUCGUCACUGCCUUACUAGGGUUGGGCACCCUCCUAUUGUUCAGCUGCAGGUUCUACCAAUGUAUAAAGAGCAGACUGUAUUCAAGCAAAGAGAGGCGGAUGGGCCUGAAGGUGGCUGAACUAUUAGAUGAAAAGUGCAAAGUCCUUGAGACUUUGCGUGAGGUUCAACAAAAUUAUGAAGAACUGGAAACUGCCCUGCGGAAUAGUGGUGUUUUGGCUCAUGUCGCAGAGAGAGAGAAUCUGGAGGUGAUGUCCCAGAGGCUGAAACAGUCAAAUACACAGCUUGGAAAUGAUAUAGAAAAGUUAAAGGAGGACCUGAAUAUCCAAAGAGCGAGGAGGUUGCAGCAGGAGGAGACAAUUGCAGAUAUGCAGUUAACCUUGAAAACCUUAGAAGAAGAAACCAGGGACCUCAAGUCCCAGACAGAACAGGCACAGACAACCCUGAAAAUAUUUGACAUGAACAGUGAAAGGAAUCAGAAUAAUCUGGAGGCAGCAAAAGAAGAGAAGGUGUUGCUCCAGGAGAAAAAUGGCCAGCUGGUCCAGGAGGCAGAGGGCUGGGGGGAGCGGAUGAGUGAGCUGGAGGAGGAGAUGAGGAUGUGUGAGAGCUCCUACACUGGAAUGCUGCAGGAUGCUACCAACAAAGAUGAGCGCAUCAAGUCCUUGACAGACUGCCUGUUGAAGAUGAAGGACUGGGACUCGGUGCUGGAGGACGGCGCCAACAGAGAGGAGAGGAGUGGGACACAAGGGACAGAGAAUGGAGAAGGACAAGAUAACCAUCAACGACGAAGAAUACAGAAACUCAUUCAUGCAGCCAAGAUGAAUGCAGACUUGAAGUCGGUGGAUGAAGACAAGGAUAGGGUGUUUGCUAAGCUAGCAGAUGAAGUCAAGGCCAAGGAGGACCUCCAAGAGGGGAUUAAGAAACUGGAGAAUGAGAAGGCCUCUCUGCAGACAGACAGUGAGAAGUACACGGGCCAGGUGCAGAAACUCCAGCAGAAACUGCAGAUCAUGACAGAGAUGUACCAGGAGAAUGAGCUCAAACUACACAGGAUGUUGACUGUGGAGGAGAGGGAACGUCUUCAGAAGGACGAGAAGCUGACCAAGGCUGACAAGAGCAUCACCCUGGCCGUGGAGGAGCUCAACAGCUACAGGCAAAGGGCACAAGACCUGGAGGAUGAGCUGGAGAAGACUAACCAGGCCUACAAAACCCAGAUAACUUCUCAGGAAAAGAAGGCACACAAUAACUGGCUAGCAGCACGAGGUGCUGACCGUGACCUGGCUGAAGUUAAAAGAGAGAAUGCACACCUCAGGCAGAAAUUGACUGAUACUCAGUUCAAGCUGGAUGUUGUGGAGAAAGACCCCUAUACUCUGGACAACAUGGACAGACCUCUGUUCAGAGGUGAAAGGUCACCGUAUGGCCCCUCCCCCCUACAUCGCCCCGCCUCUGAGAACAGAGCCUUCCUGUCUCCGCCUACCCUGAUGGAUGGCCCACUCCGCCUCUCUCCAAACUUCCCCCCCAUGGGACCAGGAGGCAGAGUAUCCCGAGGCCUGUUAGAUCCCCCUGGUGGGGUGGACUCUGAUCGUAGUGGUGGUCCUCACUCUGACAGCGGCUCGAUAUCUCCCACCUGGGAGAGGGAUCGCAGGGGCCCACCUAUACACCCUCCAGGGUAUAUGUAUCUAGACACAGGCCUUCCCUACAGGAGACCUCUGCCCGGAGCCCUUCCUAUGGGCCCCCUUCCACCCAGGGGCCCCGGUCCUGCUGAGCCCCACAGCUUUGGCCACCAACCUGACUCGUCAUUUAUGGGAAACAGUAUGGGUCCUGGUGAAAAUGAAAGAGACUCCCAUCUGUCAGCACCUGGAGAUCUGCGAGACAUGAGGAUGGGACCUCCUCUCUUAGUACCCCCUGGUAUGGGUCCCCUCCCACCCAUGGACCACAGGGACUCUUACUUUGCACGCAAAGGCCCUUACGGACCUCCAGACUAUUUCUCCCCACGAGGUCCAGCCCCCAUGGGCAUGCGAGGACCACCUCCCCCGGGAAUGUUCGGGCGAGUCCCCCCUCCACCACCGCAGCAUAUGGGGUACCCUCCCAUGAGGCCCCACCCAGACAGUUUUCCCCCUGGACCCCCUCCAAGGCCCUCCCCACCUGGCAGUGAAGUGUCUUCUGACCAAUCUCUCUCUCCACAUGAUGUCAUCUGAGCCAUCUCUCUCUCUGUGCGGGAGUAACUCUCUUGGCCUGCUUCCUGUGUGAAACUUCAUUUCCUGUUGUUGUGAUAGUAGUGAGCGACUGAGCGUGUGUUCAGGGACUGUUUCCUGAAGUGUAACUUCAACAUUCAUAUGACUCUUUCUUCCUUUUUCUAGAGGCUGGGAGUGGAAUUGUUUCCCCCACAGUCUGUGUGCACACACAAACAUGGAUCACUGUGUCUUAGGACUUAAUGAGAGAACAAUACAGUACCACUAGGAGUACUGAGCGAUCAUUUAUGUAACAGUUUUUUUUGUAGAUUCACAUAGCUGUAUGAGUCAUAAUACUCAUAAAACCUAGCAGUCAAACAGGGAAUUGUUUCCAGUUUUUCCAACCAUUAUUCCCAUAGGGGAUUUUAGAAACACUUAAAAUGGAUGAAUCGAGGCAAAGGUAAGAAUCUCUAUUAAAGAUCUAAUUUUCACUAAAUGUAUACUGAACACAACAUGCAAGAAUUUCACCUGAGGAAAUCAGUCAAUUCAAAUGAAUUCAUUAGGCCCUAAUCUAUGCAUUUCACAUGACUGGGAAUAUUGAUAUGCAACUGUUGGACAUAGUUACCUUAAGAAAAGGGCUUCCUGAUCAUGUCAUGGUAUUUCUGUGCAUUCAAAUUGCAAUUGAUAAAAUGCUAUUUUGCUUAUGCUUGCCCAUACCAAAACCAAGUUCACAACAUAAACAUCAGCGAACUGAUCACCCACAUGACACCAUACACAUGGUCUGCGGAUGCCAAAUUCUCUAAAACGGGAGAGGCGGCUUUACUGGUGAGAAAUUAUCUUGAAAUAGCUUUGGUGGGCAUUCCAAUUGAACGCUCCCUCAAAACUGUGGCAUGUGACAACUGCAUAUUUUAGAGUAGCCUUCUAUUGUCCAAUGAUAAUGCUAAUCAACUUCUUGAUAUGCCAUUCAGGUGGCUGGAUUAUCUUGGCAGAGGAGAAAUGCUCACUAACAUGUGUGCAAAACAUUUGAGAGAAAUAAGCUUUUUGUACAUCUGGAGAAUUUCAGGGGUCUUAUUUCAGCUCGUGAAACAUGGGCCCAACACUUGUUGCGUUUUAUAUUUUUCAGUGCAGUAAUAAAUUGGCUACAUUUCUGUAAACUCCUGAGCAAGUUUUAAAUUGACAUUACCUGUCGGCAAAGGUGUCACCUAAAGAUGAUGUUCAGGGGCUUGCAGGGAUUUUGCAUGAUGUCUAGUAAUUAGCAUUUUUGAAUCUGAAUAAAUAGAGCUAUCAAAAUGUCACGCCAGGGUAAGCCUACACAGCGUUUCUGAAAUCCCUACAGGAAAAGUAGAAAAAUGAUUUCUCUGACCACUAGGUGUUAUGGGUAUGAUGAAUCUGCCUUGUUCUGAGUGGCGACUUAGACUAACUUGAAGAGUGCGUUUGCUUGUAUUUUUAAAGGCCUUUUAAAUCAAUCUUAUGUCCCUUGCAUUCUUGACAUGGGUAUAUAGAGAUUGUGAAGGAAUUGUCUAAAUUGAGCUAAAAAAUAACUUUUUUAGCAUUGAGGUCUUGACCGUCCAUAGUUUGAUCAUUAAAGGUCAUGGAACAUGAAGAGAUUUAAUGUAAAAUGUUAUGCUCAAGUAAUUCAAUUGUUGCUGUUGUAAUGUUCAUAUAGUAUCAAAUGUUUCAUUAAAAAUGACAUUGGUCCUAUUCAGGUA